CUCAUCUUACAUAUAAGUCUCUCACAGUCCUCACUUACACUCAACACUCACUCACUCAUCCUCACUCACACACAAAAAACAAAUCAAUACAUUUCAUUCACAAUGACUGCUGACGGCGACCAAACCCACAAAGACGCCACCCUCGUCUACAACUACCACCGCAUGAACAUGCCCCUCCUCCUCGCAGACGCAAUCUUCUGCCUCUGCAGCCUCGACACCCGCAUCGCCGCCCACGCAGCCCAGCUCUACCUCGACGGCUUCGCCCCCUACCUCAUCUUCUCCGGCGACUCAGGCGCCCUCACAAAGGGCCUCUUCACGGAGCCCGAGGCCGUCGUCUUCGCCGCCAUCGCCCGCGAGAUGGGCGUCCCCGAAGACCGCAUCAUCGUCGAGCCCAAGGCGCGCAACACGGGCGAAAACGUCCGCUUCACGCACGCCCUGCUCCGGGAAAAAGGGUUCGAGUUCAAGAGUCUUGUUUUAGUGCAGAAGCCGUACAUGGAGAGGAGGACGUACGCGACGUUUCGGAAGCAGUGGCCUGAGGAGGGGACGAUGUUUGCUGUGUCUUCGCCGCCGCUGAGCUUUGAUGAGUACCCUGAUGUGAAUAAUCCGAGGGAUCUUGUCACAAGUAUUAUGGUGGGGGAUUUGAUUCGCAUUAGGGAGUAUCCGGCGCGUGGGUUUCAGAUUGAGCAGGAGAUUCCUGACGAUGUGUGGGAGGCUGGGCAGAGGCUGAUCAAGGCGGGUUAUGAUAAGCAUUUGCCGUGAGAGUUUGUGCAAUGUGGUGAAGAUUUAUAAAGCAAUUGUCAAUUAGAGUCGAUGUUAUUAGAC